AUGAAGUUCGGAAUCACUGCUGCUGGCCUCUUGGCUGUCGCUUCCUUUGCCAGCGCCCAGUCCACCUCGACCAUCACUACUACUCACACCAUCACCCAGACCAUUCUUCAUGCGUCUACGGUCUACGCCUCCAGCACACCGGUUUCGACUCCAGCUGCUUCGCCAUCUGUCGCUCCGUCGCGCACGCCUUCCAGCAGUGUGGCUGUUCACUCUUCUUCUAGCGUCGCUCCUUCCAGUGGUGCCUCCACUGGUCUUUCAGUCGCUACCGCAACGCCUUCCGCUUCUGUCCAUGCCGGUGCUGCCGUCCCCUUGGCUGGCAGUGUCCCUGCCGCUCUUGUCGCUGGAUCUUUUGCUGUCUUGUUGGCCGCUUUUUAA